UAAGGGAGGCUUUUUAACCUCUUCAUCGGUUUCGAACCAAGAUCCCAGAUUCCUCUUAAGGGUUUGAUGAUAUGAACAUCACAGUGGACAAUGCGCAUGACAGUCAAUAUAGCAGCACUGUAAGAAGGAUAAAAAAACUGGGCUGAUACAUGAAUGAAGAAGACCAAAAAAUUGGAUUUUUGUUUCGGUUUCCCCAAAAUGCUGCUCUCGCGUUACGGUUUUUGUUGUUAGGAGGGUCAUUAUAAGCAAUACUUCCAUCUCCAACAGUCUUUACUUAAUAAGCAGCAAUGUCGCUUUGUUGUGCCCGUUUUCUCACUAACAUACUUGUUUCUUUGGAGUGCCAAGAAACGAAUAAGAUGUCCACUCUCAUCAAGAAUUGGAGCGCCAUUAUACAAAUAAGGUUAGCUGCUCCUAUAGCAAAAAAAGUCCGAUCUACAUCUUUCUUCUUAACUUCACCUGUCGCUCCAAAAUCAACACCAUCAAUAACAAGAUAAUCAGUCAAAGAAACCGAAUAUGAUGAGACUCAAAAUUCGUAUGAAUAAACAAGGAAAGUAGAAGCCUCACUUUUGCUGCAAAGAAGUUCCAUUAUCAACCCUAACACUCAUUUCAUGUAAGCCACUACAAUCACCAUGCCUACGGAUAUUGAAAAUGGAAGGUCCAGGAUAUAGUGUUUGACCUCAAGCAUCACUGAUAUGGCUCCAGCAGCUUCUUUAGCAGCCUGCAAAGAGGCUGCAUACGUUACUCUUUAACGUCCCACAUAUGUAGCCUCGCUUCCUGAAACUCAUACACCUUUAGUCUCCUAGUGUAGUAUCGAACGUCCUGACAAAACUAGAGGCAAGGUUUGUUCAUAAUAGUGUUUUAUUAUAUUUGCAAGUUUUUAAUUAUCUAAAUAAAUGGUUCUACUUGUUUCCACAUAGUCAAAUCCGAAAGAUAUAGGUAAGUAAUAAUAUUCUUAUCAUCACAAAAAUAACAAUAUAUUUCACGUGGACGGCUUGUUUAUUAUACUGGAUAAAAUUGAUCAAGUUGAUUAUAGAAAGUUCCUGCUGAACACAUUAAGAACUCUAAAUCAAUUAAAUAUUGAGAACGCAUACGUUGAAAAUUUCCACUUUAUUCGCUUAUGACUAGAAAUAAACAAAACUCACGAAAAAAACAAUGUUCUUAAAAGUCAAACGUUAAUAAGAGUCAAAAACCAAAGGCUUGACCCGCACUGAAAAUGUUGCACAUGGAUCAUGAUAUAAUAGUAUCACCAACACUCAAACUUCACAUCCAGAAUUUUUGCUUAAUCCCAAAAGCUUUCAAAAACAAUAAUCACGUUUAUAUGGAAAAUACAUCACAGGCGUUCAUGUCUCAGAGUUACCUUAAUUCUCAAGAAACCGCUACACAGGCAACAAAAGAUUACCUAGCUUCACUCCAUUCGUCCAGAAAGCAACCUUCAAAGCCCUUGAAGAGACCUAUAUCAUCGCCUUUGAACCCCAUGCAUCCACACGUUUACAGAGUCGAGCCAGUAAACUUCAAAGAGUUGGUUCAGCGUCUGACUGGUGCUCCUGAGCACGAGCCUGUGGCUAACCCGUUCAAGAGUUUGGAUGAUGCAGCAAAGGAUAGUUCUCCAUCCUUCGCGUUUGAUCUAUCAUCGUCAUCAUGGGGAGACUUAUCACUUCGGAAUCCUGCAAAUAUCUCCAGAUGGUAGCUUAUAUUUUUUUAAUCUCCUUUUUCUCUUGCAGAUGCUUCCUUUGAUUGAAAUGUAUCAACAAAGAAAAAACUAUACAAUAUUAAUAAAGAGUGCCUUCAAAAAAUAUCAAUAAAGAAAAAAUAUAUGUUUAUAACUUUAUAUGAAUCUGAUUGUUAACUUGAGGAAGUAUAACGGUGGAAUGAAUUUGCAAUAUCUACCAUUUUAAUGUUCAGGAAAAAAAAUUAUUGAUCGGAGUCUCUGUAUAUCUAUAAACAGAUCAUAAUAUGUGGAAAUAAUUUUACACUUUCCUAUUAAAGAAUAUAGAACCAAAUCGCGUUAUUGAUUCUAUUAUAUAUGUACAUAACAUAUAGCAAUAAUUUAACACUUCCAUUAGAAAAACUAAUUGAAUGAUUUAAUGAUUCUAUAUACACACUAAUAACAUGUGAGGUGAUUUGAAAUUAUUGACAAUUGGGGUAAUUGACCUAAGGGUUAUUAUUCUUCUGUGUAUAGAUAUAAUCAAGAUGAGCCGUCAAUGUUCUUCUCAUCAAGCAAUCUUCGUUGUCGUCUUUCUCGCAGCUCUCAUCGGCUGCUUCAUGUAGUUUUGAUUCUAUCAUUUCCUGAAUGUAAUCAAAUAUAAAUUACAAUUUUUUUGAACUAUAUAUAAAUUACAAUUGAAAAUAAAUAUAUGAUUACGUAUAAAUUCUAGUAAUAGCAUGGGUACUUAUGACUAACCAGACUACGUAUGUCGGCCGGAGAGAUUGUGAUGGAGGCGAAGUCGGCCGAUUCAGGGCGGGCCGUGCACGUUUGCGUGGCGGUGCAAAGGAGGAGAGUUAUUAUGAGCAAAGUAGAGAGAUUUUCCAUUUUGUAAUUAAUUUUUGGAUGUUCAUAUCAAUCACCAAAUCACCUUUAUAUAUAGACUAGAGAGAAUCUUGGUCAACUGUUUUCUUAAUCUAGUCUUUAUCUUAAGAACAAAAAUAGACUGUUUGAUUCUUAUCUUUUAUCUUCUCAAUGUUCUGAUCUUUCUCCCAAACAAUUUAAUUUUAAAAUAAUAGAUAAAUACAUACUAUCAACACGAAUAGUUAAGAAAAAAAAAAUUUAAACAAGCUAUCCCAAGAAAACCCUAACGCUCUAACGCUCCGAGGCACGGGGCUCGAGGUACUCUGUGAUUCAAUGCGCUCCGACGCCGGCGGCGCGUUUUUUCGCCGGCGCUGGCCACUCCCGACAAUGUUGUCCUCUGUCUUCAUCUCUCUGCUCGUUUCUUGUUUCAUUUUUCGUGUGCUGCGGAGUCGUAGCGUUUUGUUAACAUGAGAAAGGAGUCCCCGACGGAGCCUUCGAUGGAGACAAGAGCUUUGGUUCGUCGUCUUCACUGCAGUUCUCCUGACGGUGCCUCCUCUUUGGUGGGUCUCCUCCCCAAUGAUGAGUCGAGAGGGUUCUCUCACCACCGUUGUACUCUGGUUCACGGGAACGUUUCCCGGUGAACCUCCCUCUGGCUGUCGAUGGACAAGCCACACCGUCGACUUUGUCCUUGCUCUUCAAUUGCUCACGGAGUUCAGAUCUCAACGUACAAACUCUCACUUUCCACCGGGAAGUGAGACAACAAAUCAACUGGGUGUUGCUCCUUUUCACUUAUACGACGCCAGAAUCCAAAUCCACGACAACUCAAGCCUAAAUCUGGAUCUAAUCCGAAGCUCUUCACUUUCCUCGCCUCUAAGUGUGUUGUCAUCUUCCCCUGCGUGCCCUCUUCUCAACCGCGGCUUAGCUCACCUUCACCGACCGUCUCUUUCGCCAUCCGGCUUCGAUGGUAACCCAGCUUACCUCAGUGAACCUGUCUCUCCGCCGGCGAGUGCCAUAUAUCUCUCAGUCAACGUCAUACGUACCAUCUCCGACCUUCAACCUAGAUCCAUGCCAUCUCGUAACUUCCCGGCGUAUGCUUUUGCUUCUGAACUGAGAUCUAUACCUAAGUGGGCUUGGCCCAACUCUUUUGCUGAAGCUUAUAACCAAAUUACCAAGAUUCUAAAGGCCAGACUAUCAGUUCAAGACGUGAGAUAUUUAGCUGCUGGUCUGAAUUCUUUGGAUAAUUUGAAGAUUUCCCAUGGGUUCAUAGGAGUUUAUAAUCUGAGAUUAUUGCAAUAUCACUUCUUUAGGAAGAAUUUGUCACCAUCCUCCUCUAGUGAGGAGAGUAUUUCACCACCAUACCUUCCUUCAAUGAAUGGAGAUGUCCUCUUGGGUUCUAUCCCAAGCAUUUGUUUCAACUUACUCACCGGUUUGUCACCUUGUGUAGCGGUCUGUACAGGGCCAGAAGGUGCAAUUGAGAUUACUUCGGUUCUUUUCGUUGGUGAGGGUUGUCCCUCAACGUCACUUGUGACUAUUUCUCAGCUGUCCGACUUUGUCGUGAAGGUUCUCCAGACGCAUUCAAGCAUUGUCUUGAGUCCGCUGUCAUUUUCAUAUGAAGAUUUUUCCUGUUUGAUUUCAUUUCUCCUUGUAGUUUAUUGUUUGUUUUUAAGAGGAUGCUUAAUUCCCUCUUGUCUUUGUAGUUUUUGAAGUUAUGUUUAAUGAAAGUUGUGUUUCAAAAAAAAAACAAAAACAAGCUAUCCCAAUAUUAAUUUUAUACACUGCAUGCAUGCAUAUCAAUCUGCGAACUAUCGUUAGUUCAUUACUUCAUCUCAGCCCAAAAAAAAACUGUGUGAAUGAAUCUAUAAGCCCAACAAAACUUAGAUCCAUCCCCAAGUCCAUAUGUUUUAUGUUUGAACUUUGAAGAGCACCUAAGCGCUAACCUUCUCUUUGAUUAACCUUCUUUUAAGGUUUUUGGGUUUUGAAUGGUUUCUCGAUGGAAAAGAAAAGCUCAUGUUGAUUUAAGUUGUAGUCACGAUUAUAGAGCAAGAAAACUCUAAGUUGGAUCUGACCAAAGAAACACAACAAAACAAUCAUUUAGAUCUGGUCUAUGCGGGUGUACUUGGUCUCGGGUCUUGUUUUCUGUCUGUGUGGAUGCAGAUUAGGAGGUCUUUCGCAAGUUGUUCUUGCUGAGCACAAUCAUUAAAAUAUGUUCAUCAGGCAAGCCAAUUUCUACCAGGUGCAGAUCUUGUAUUAACUUCGGGUUUUCUCUUUUGUGGCAAGCAUUUUUGUACCGAGUUUGAUGUUCCAUUGGUUAGUUGCUCUUCUCGUUGUUCCAGCUUAGUUUAGCUAGAGUGUCUGUUUAGUUUUUUUUUCACUAUUCUGUUUCUAGUCUUCCAUGUGUUUCUGUAACAAGAUGAAAAUUAGUAAUCAAUCUUAACAUUUUUACUAGAAAAAAAAAA